AUGUUUAGUUGGCUUAGCGGUCUUUUCAACGCUCCUCAAAAUCAAAGAAGGCGCUUUCACCAUUAUCCACGUCCACAACCUGAAUAUGGUCUAUAUGCAUACGGCUCUUCAAAUUCGACCGGUGGUCAUCAUCACAGUGGAGGAAGCGGUCAUCACGGUGGCGGAGGAGGCGGUCAUCACGGUGGUGGAAGCAGUUGUGGUGGUGGAGGCGGUUGUGGUGGUGGAGGUGGUUGUGGAGGAGGUAGUUAA